AUGCCAAUAAGAUAUAAGUGUAUUGUUAUAGAUCAUGAUGAUACAACUGUUGAUUCUACUCCAUCAAUUCAUUAUCCAGCAUAUUUAGAUUUUGCGAACAGUGUUAUGAAAGGAAGAGACUAUAAAAUUUUAUCAUUACAAGAAUGGUAUAGAAUGUUAUGGGACUAUGACUAUUUUGAAUAUAUUAGAGAUGUUAUGAAAUUAAAUAAAGAAGAACAAGACCUUGAAUAUAAAUUAUGGCUUGAAUACACAGCUACUAGACAUCCUCAAAUGUUUCCAGGAUUUCUUGAGAUGUUAAUUGAAUAUAAGAAACAAGGAGGAAUAGUUUGUGUGUGUUCUCAUUCACAUGCUAAAGAUAUUAAAAGACAUUACGAAGAGCAUAACUUUAUUCCAGACGAAAUAUUUGGUAGUGUUAGAGGACAUCCAGAAUUGUGUAAACCAUACACUUAUCCUAUUGAUACAAUUAAAGAAAAAUAUCAUCUUAAACCAUCUGAAAUUGUAGUUAUUGAUGAUCUUGCGCCAGGGUUUACAAUGGCAAAAUCUGCAGGAGUAGAUGCAAUUGGAGUUUUAUAUGGAGAAGGACAUGAGUUAGUAGAAGAUGAUAUUAAAAAGGUUUGUAAAUAUGUUUUUAAUACAGUUUCAGACCUUUCUAACUUUUUGUUAAAUCCAGUAGAACCAUAA